AUGGAGCAAAAUACAACUGCUCAGAAUACUACCACUGAGGAACAAAACCCCUAUGCUUAUUUGGAACGAGAUUUCUCGUCUGAAAAUUAUAAAAUAGAAGUAAAAAAUUUGCCAAAAUAUUAUGGAAUCAAUGAAUUUCGUAAAUUGUUGAAUGAAAAAUUGAAGUUAAAUUCGAAUAAAGUAAAAACCACGAGAAAGAACAGCCCUUUCGCUUUCGUUUGUUUCCGCAGCGACGAAGACAGAGACAAUGCAUUAAAAGUACUUGAUAAAUAUAAGUGGAAAGGAAAGGAGUUGGUAGUAAUGAAAGCUAAACCUGCUCCUGAUCCGCUAGUGAAGAAGAGAAAAGAAGAUUGCGAUGAGCAAGGUGGCAAAAGAGCUAAAUUCGAAGGGUCUUUGGAGGAGCGAUUAAAAAAUUCAACUAUACCAUUUUGGAACGUUGAAUAUUCAAAGCAGUUGGAAGAAAAACAAGAAAACGUGAGGAAAGUAUUACAAAAACUCGGAAAUGGCCUGGCUCAUAAUAAUCCAGAAUUACAAAAGUGGAUAGAAAAUCAAAAAGUACUGUACAAUGGCUUACCUUGUGAAUUGAGUAAUAUACGAUAUGCAGACGAAAAUAACGGGUACAGAAAUAAAUGCGAAUUUACUGUGGGUUUAGACGAAGAAACUAAACUUCCCACCGUCGGUUUCAGAAUAGGAAGUUAUGUAAAUGGUACUACGGGUGUAGGACCCGUUGAAAACUUAAUGCAUAUUCCAGAAUCCAUGAAACUAGCUGUUAAAUUGUUCGAAAAGUUCGUUAGAACCUCUGACUUAGAUGUUUUUAAUCCCGAAUUCCACACUGGCCAUUAUCGACAAUUAAUGGCCAGAUCAGCCACUAAACAACUGAUGUUAGUUGUGGGCAUACACCCGCAGGAUUUAACCGAAGACAAAUUAAACGAAUUCAAAAGCAAAUUAAUCGAUUACUUCAACUCGGGAGAUGGAAAAAGCGCUAACGUAACUUCAUUGUACUACCAGAAGAUAGUCAAAAAGAAUCAUAAUAACGAUGUAACACCAUCGGAACACCUUUGGGGAGACACACACAUAUACGAAGAAAUUUUAGGCUUGAAAUUCAAAAUAUCCCCAGAAGCUUUCUUUCAAAUUAACACGAAAGGCGCUGAAGUUUUGUACCAAGCUGCCAUGGAACUGGCCGAGCCGCUCGAUAAUUCGACAGUACUGGACGUUUGCUGCGGUACAGGGACAAUCGGUUUGUGCUUCUCGAAGAAAUGCAAGCAAGUUUUGGGUAUAGAGAUAAUCCCACAAGCGAUCGAAGAUGCUAAAGAAAACGCUAAAUUGAAUCAAAUAACAAACGCUGAUUUUGUAGCUGGAAAGGCCGAAGACACUCUAGGGAAUGUUUGUUUUAAAUCGACCGGAGAAAAUAUAAUCGCCGUCCUAGAUCCACCUAGAGCGGGAAUUCACAAAAAGGGCGUUUGUCAAAUAAGAAAAAUAUCGAAAAUCAACAAAGUCGUGUACGUUUCGUGCAAUCCAUCCGCUGCAUUGGAAAAUUUCAUCGACUUCGGUAGACAGGAAUCGAAGAAAAUCAACGGGGACGCUCUGGUGCCCACGAAAGCGGUAGCUGUGGACAUGUUCCCUCAUACGAAGCACUGCGAGCUCGUCAUUUGCUUCGAACGGUGGCUCAAAGUGGGUAAAGAAUUCCAAAGCGAACUGCAAGGUAACAGCGACGAAGCAAUCGAUGGAAAAGAUGUAGAUAAAUAG